AAGAAGUCUGCAAAAGUCUGCAAUGCUACACAUCCAAACAGAAGCAAAUACGAGUAUAUAGAACUUUUGGGUCUAUUGACUUUGGGCUACCGUUGAUUUGCCCGCUUCUUGGACAUGGACACUACGCACACUCGACACCUUCCAUUUUUUCCCUCACAUGAGUGUCAGUCCAGGGUGUGCGCUCGUGCACUGCCCCAGCUCUGGACGACUACUGGUAAGGGGAUAAAAAGGAAGUACUCGAACCCGGACCCGUUUGGUUGCAUUCUGGAGUGCGUCUCAAGGCAUCUCAUUAAUAGACUUCAAGCUCUGCUCUGCUGUCCCCAUAUCGGACGCCACACCUAACAUGAAAAUAUCGAUAAAAAUACCGACGUUAGGUCCCAGGAAUAUGGCAUCGUACCUAAAAACGGUUCAAGUGUUUAUGUAUCUUAAACAAGCUCACACAAUGUACCACCAGGAGUAGUAUGUCCCCGUAAAAGGGGGAUGUUAAAAAUAGCCUAAGAAUCUCAGCCUCAUUAGUCACGUGUGUGUGGUUCUCGGGGUGGAUUUUUCCAAUAGACCGUUAAACGUAUCGAUCGAUUGACUUUAUGUUGAGGAUGUUCGCUGAACUUGGAGGUCUGUCGGUUCUGGUUUUGGGCGCAGAGUUCCGACUCUUGGUCUACUCAGGUCUACUCCACAAAGCUGUAUUGAUCCUUUCCAUCCAUAAUCUAUGUAUUCACGAGUUCACCAAUGCAAUGGGCGGGAACUCAUCAGUGCUCAAUCAGUGCAUAUGUUAUCAACGCUUGUCCGCGUUCCAAUUCCUUUAAAUACCGACCACUCCAGCACAACCACUGCACAACUUCAAACGAUUACUAUAAGUUGCUUUAUAGAGGCUUUGAUUCUGGCACACACAGAAGAAAAAAAAUGCCACCAGCAAACUCUACCGAUCAGCUGGUGCAAUUCGAAUCGUUUAUCCGUGUGCCGGAAAUAUUCUUCACCAUGAUCGGUGUGGCCCGGUACGGUGAACCGCGGCGAACGCUUCAGGCACACCUCAAGCAGCUGCUGUUCUGGAGCUCGUGCGCCAACACCGGCUUCUGUCUGAUCAUCGAGCACAUCUACUUCGUGAAGGCGGCGGGUAAUUUUACCAACUUUCUUCAACUAACGGCACUGGCACCGUGCAUGGGCUUUACCGCCCUGUCCUUCGUGAAGAUCAUGACGAUCCAGCUGAACGGAACGAAGCUAACGGACAUGCUGCACCGGCUCGAGGCACUGUUCCCGAAGUCGGCAGCCCUCCAGGAGCGGUACGGCGUGUUUCAGUACAACCGCGAAUCGGAGGUGGUGAUGAAAUCGUUCUCCAUCCUGUACAUGACCCUGAUCUGGAUGUUUAACUUGCUGCCGCUGGUAUCGAUGGUGGCGGGCUACUGUGCCGAUGGGACGUGGCACAAGCAGUUGCCGUACUUUAUGUGGUACUGGUACGAUUGGCACGAGCCCGGCUACUUCGAGGUGACCUUCCUGCACCAGAACUGGGGUGGAUUCGUGUCGGCCGUGUUUUACCUCUCGACCGAUCUGAUGUUCUGCGCCAUUGUGCUGCUGGUCUGCUUGCAGUUCGACAUUGUGGCGUACCGGUUGAAGCAUGCGCGCCCGGGUGACCAGCAGGAGCUGCACGAGUGUGUGCGCAUUCAUCAGGCGGUGAUCGAGCUGUGCAGUGAGCUGGAGCACAUGUUCUCACCGUCCCUGCUGGUUAACUUCCUUAGCAGUUCGGUCAUUAUCUGUCUGGUGGGGUUUCAGGCCACGGCCGGUAUAACGCCGGCCGAUCUGUUUAAGUUUGUGCUGUUUCUCGUCUCCUCGCUGGUGCAGGUUUUUCUGCUGUGUUACUACGGUAACAAGCUGAUCGUUGCGAGCUCACAAAUUCCCUACAGUGCCUUCGAGGGACAGUGGAUCGGAGCGUCCGUUGCUUACCAGAGAUCGUUGCUGUUCGUCAUGUUACGCUCAACGACGGUGCAGAAGCUUACGGCGCUGAAAUUCUCCAUCGUUUCGCUGGCCAGUUAUUCGAAGAUCCUUAGCACAUCAUUCUCGUACUUUACGUUGCUGAAAGCUAUCUACGAACCCAAUGAGAAGAAUGUGAAGUAAGCGUACCACCCGGCCACCACAACAAAACCAUCCAACGUAGUCGAACUAGAGUCGAAACGGACGAAAUAAAAACAGUUUACCAAGCAAAAUUAGUCGACCGCGCCACCAUUUCUUCCAA